AUGUAUACCCUCCUUUAUGAUUCAUACUUAUUAGAACAAUGGAUAACUCUCGGAAGCAACUACUACUACUCUGAAUUUUGGAGAAAUCUAAACAACUCUUAGAUCCCAUCUUAGAGAAACUCUCAUCUUUUAGAUUAAAAGACUAAUAAUAAAAGCUCAAAUCUAUAUCACCCUAAUAAUGAGUAAAAUUCUAUAAGCUAGAAUAUUUAUCAUUCAGCUGAUAAGCACGAUAUUAGAUCGUUAAGCAAUAAAAGCAAAUCAAAUCUUGGUCAUCAGAUUAUUAUUGCAGGAGACGAUAAUCUUAUCUAAAAGUUUAGCUUCAAUAGCAGCAAUAGCUAGCAGUCUAAAACUAGAAAGGCUAGAUAUAGAUAAACUUUAAUGACAUUUUUAUAAAUUACUAAGUAUAGUAAAAACUGCAACCUCAAUCCAGCAUUAGUUAAAGUAAAGGUAGUUCUGCUAAGCUCGCCUCUUGGCAAGUAUAUUAAGACAGAUGGCAGGAGAGCAUUAAAUAAACAGACUGUUGAAUAUUAACAAGAUUUAAAAAGACAUUUACCAGAAAAUGUUACAAAGAUUAGUGAAAGAUAAGAUGAGGAAUCUCCGUUAAGAGGUACUACUAGCAGAUAGAUAGUAACUUAGACAGGUAGAGAAAGCAGACCCAAGUUUAUCAGGAGUUCUGGCAGCCAGACGAAUCACAGCUUUGAAGUUAGAUCAAAUCAAAGAAUGAAUUCAUCUUCAAUUAAAUAAAGACUGAACACAUCAUAAAAUGUCACAAGAAAGCCCAUACACCCAAAGACAUCUGUAUUUAUGCAGUCAAAUCCUUACCAGUCAAUUUAAAAUCAAAUAUCUAAGGGAAGAAAAUUGAUUCUGAAUAUGCAUUAGAAUUAUGAUCACAUUGAAUAGCUAAAGGCACUAGAGAACAUUAUUUCAAAAAUAAAGGAUUGA